CAAGUACUCAGUCACAUUUUUAUUUGACCUUCAGUGGGAGGGUACAGAGCCGAAUCAAGCAUGGCAGCCGGAGUUUUUACCAAAGGUUUGUGCGAGCUCCACCACCCCUGGCUUGUUGCAGCCGGAUAUUCCUGUAGUGGACCGCUCUGUGCGACUGCUGCGGCCGUCAAAACACUCCCCUUGCAAACUGAAAGCACAGAUGUCACUGACAAGAUCCUGAACCUUCCCCUUGAAAUGCCAGAUUUCUUCCGAUUGUCAGAACUGUUCUCCUUGAAAGAUCUAUUCAAUGCCAGAGUUCACCUCGGCCACAAGAAAGGCUGCAGACACAGGCUGAUGGAGCCCUACCUGUUCAGCAGUCGUCUGGACCAAGACAUCAUCGACCUAGACCAGACAGUGGAGCACCUCCAGAGCGCCCUAAACUUUACUGCCCACAUCGCCUACCGUGGCGGCGUCAUCCUCUUCGUCUCACGCCGCCGCCAGUUUGGUCACCUGGUGGAGAGCACGGCGCAAGACUGCGGAGAAUAUGCCCACACACGCUACUGGCAGGGCGGCCUGCUCACCAAUGCACCCAUCCAGUAUGGCCCGGGGGUUCGGCUGCCUGACCUCAUCGUCUUCUUCUCAACGCUCAACAACGUCUUCCAGCAGCACGUGGGGGUCCGCGACGCGGCCAAAAUGAAUAUACCCACAGUGGGGCUGGUGGACUCUAACUGCAACCCCAGCCUGGUGACUUACCCGGUGCCUGGGAAUGACGACACACCAGCCGCUAUGGAGUUGUACUGCCGCCUGUUCAAGAUGACCAUCAACCGAGCCAAGGACAAGAGGAGACAGAUGGAGCUGCUGCAGGGUCGAUCAGCAGUGGGCCUCACACCAGGCUCCUAGUGAGCGGCAACAAGGGGGAAUGAAGGGCCCCUGUUUGAGUUAUUUGAAAAUGCAUUCUUCUUUACUCCCUUCCUUGAAGUAAUACCUGAUCUAAAGUAACAGGAUAGGUGAAAUCUUUAACUUUUGGCUAAGAGAGUAGUAUCUGGAGGCAAGUGUUCCACAUCUUAGUUUGCCCCAACAUAUGGAUAUCAGAUUAUGGAUUUAUGACAAAGAAGAGAAGAUAGAGGGUCCAUGUUCAAAUAAUGAAAAUGAAUCAAGGACAUUACUGCUCAAAUAUUCUGAAUACUCUAUGAAGCAUCAUGUUUCAGCAACAGAUUUGGUGAAUUUGUACAGAAUUGUUGCUCUUUUUCUAGAUGUAUCUGGAGAAACUGGUGUACAAAAUGUGUAAUUCCAAUGUUUGUUCCAUCAACUGAUCCAGGUUUGAUCAGCAUGUUUCCAUAUUAAUGCUAAAUCUCAGCUUAUUUUUCAUUGUCUGGUCAAAUUCAAUGAAAAAAUAGCAUUUCUGUAUCAAAUGACAUGAUUGCACUACACUCAUUCUAUUUAUCAAGUAAACUUUAUUUUCACUAAA